UUCGCCGCUCCGGCUCCUCGCCACAACCUCGCCGCACCCCAAAACCUGCUUGCAAGCCAGGACCCUAUGGCGAAUCCAAUUCCUGAUGCAGCCAUCUGGCUCCAUGGAGUGAGAUUGCAGCAUCAUGCACCAUGCUGGUGAUGUCACGGGCACCACGAAAGACAACGAGAGCAUACAGCCGGCCUAUUGGGGGUAGAAAAUCAUACUUAAAAAGCACACCUAUCCAGUACUACUUGUACCUCAUUUUCAAUGGCCAUUUUUUCAACUUUUUAACUGAAGCUGGAACUCAUUUCUUCAUUCUCAGCUGUAUCAGUGCCCAUCUGCCUAAAACUGAAGCUUCUGCCUGGGAAUAUGUCAUAAGGGAUUUAGAACGGCUUAAAGAUCUCACCAACAAAACUGAUAUCAGCACUCUGUAUACUGAAAGUAAUGCUCAUCCAAGUUGCAAAAUCACCACGUUGAGGUGCUUCCUUCAAGAGCUUCAUGUGAUUUCUUAUGAAAGCAAUAACAAUGAAGUCAGUGAAACAGUGAUAAAUAUCAUCAUCCUUGCCAAUUCCACAUUUUCAUCAGAUGGGAACAUAGCAGAAUCAGGAUGCAAAGAAUGUGAGGAACUGGAAGAAAAAAACGUGGGAGAAUUUUUAAAAAGCUUCAUACACAUGGUCCAGUCAUUUAUUGGCACUGCUUAAUGUCGUUUGCUGUCUCUUCAGCAUUUCUCUCAGUGACAACUUUCUUCAUGACCUUCUUUAGGCAAAGACCUCUCUCCAUGUGCUGGCAAAUAUGUGUUUCUAUUCAAUAUUCACGAAGACUGUAGAAUUAAUUCACUUCCUGGAACAAAGAUGGAAAAUGAACCAAGAAGUGUCUUGUGCCCUUUUUUGGCUUUUUGUUUUUAAUUUAUUAGUGAAACUCUACAAUGUCUUAUUAUGGAGUUUUAACUUGUACCUAAAUGACAUGGGAUGGGAAUAAAGGCUAUUUUGCCCUGAAAUAGGCCUCACAUCGAAAGUAUAGACAUUUUUGAACAAGAUUGUUAGAAAGAAAAGAAAUGAAAC